AAUGCGAUCGAAUUCCAGCUGGGGUGGCAGGCUUGCUGGAGCUCGGCUCCGGACGGCCGGUCCGCAGCUCCCCUCACGGCUCAGGGUCUUUCCCCCUUUCGGCCUUUCCCUUCUCUCCGACUCUCUCCUCCGUCCUCCAUCCCUUGCGGCGCUGACUGGGGGCGAGCGGCGGCGCCAUUCGUCACGUCCUGGCCCAGCCCUUCGCCAGCGACGAGCAUCCACCAGAUGGCAGAUAGAGAGCAACGAACAGUGUUUGUCACUGUGGGGACCACAUGUUUUGAUUCUCUUGUCAUGGCAGUAGAUUCUCCAGAAGUGAAAAAAGCUUUGUUGAAAAAAGGUUAUACCGAUCUUCUUAUUCAAAUGGGUCGGGGGAGAUAUGUUCCAUCUAAGGUGUCAGGAGAUGCAACCCUUCAAGUUGAUCAUUUCAUGUUUUCACCAAGCAUUGCUGACAAUAUGAGAACAGCUUCCCUAAUUAUCAGCCAUGCAGGUUCAGGAAGCAUAUUUGAGACGCUACGACUUGGCAAACCACUAAUCGUUGUUGUAAAUAAAGAUUUGAUGGACAAUCACCAGAGUGAGCUAGCAGAAGAGUUGGCUGAAAGGAAGCACCUCUUCUGUGCACACCCACAAACACUGGGAGAGACCAUCCGAGCAAUGGACCUAGGGGCCCUCGUUCCUUAUGUACCAGGUGAUGCCAAACCAGUUGUCACCCUGAUCAACAAAUUUCUUGGAUUUCCAGUUGACUGACAAGAGAAGAUAGGCAGUAAGCCAUUAACCCCCCCCCCCCCCCCCCCCCCCCCCCCUAUCUUAUCUGUUCGAACAAAAUGGAUUGACUGAUUGGCUCACAUGGUGAGCUGAUGAUUUCAUAUUGUUGUACAGUAAUAGCAAGGUGAUCUUUCUUGUCAUUGGGCAUAAUUAGGGACACGAGGUUUAUUGUCACGUAAUUUUGUUUUUAUACUGAUUAACUGCA